GUAGCAUCGUCUGUCACAGCAAACUUGUCUCCACGCAGCCACAGCGCUCAGUUGCAGAUAAUCGUGAACCGGCGCAUCCAAGUUCAGCCGUUUAUCACGCCUAGUGGUCCUUACGUCCUAACCAGCCAGACUAUUUGCGAUGACGUGUCUCCCAUCUGUCCGUUACCGAAGCUGAAAAACAACGAAUCAAACAUCUCAAUUUAAACAUUUUAGAAGUGUUUAUGCUGCCGUUAUGGCAGGCCUGCAUCGCACGCGUAUAUUCGGCUCCAUCACACUGUUGUUCCUGUUGUCCUGUGACACCCUGUUGAGUGAUGGACCACCCACCUUGCUGUCCACCUCCCAGCCCUCUCCUCUGUCCCUCAUUGACCUGGAUCUAGAUGUGGAGGAGCAGCCUGAGAUGAUGACCGUUCCAGGCAGCCCCACCACGGUACCAGGCCUAACCUCCCAGGGACGGGAGACCUCCCAGCAGGACACGUCCCAGGAGUCCUCAGGGUUCUUCAGUGAGGACGGUGAAGACAACAAGCCUCUCCAGUCCUCUGUUAAUCUCUGGGACGAUGUCAGAGACCAAGUCAACAUCACUGAUCUAGACAGGAAGUCCCUCAGAGGUUACAGUCAAACCCUCUCCCAGUCCUCCACCUCUCCUAUGGAGGAACCCAGACAGGGGAACCACACUUCUCCUUUCAUGACUGCGAUGGAGAACCUGGAGCGGGAGUUAUGGGAGAUGGAGAGAGAGUCCAGCGGCCUCCCCGUAGAGCCUGGCUAUGCCCAGAACCAGGGCCUGUCUACCACCACCACCAUCCCUGCUGCUGACCCGGUGGUUCCUGUAGACUCCACCACCUUAGACCCACAAUAUGUCCCUGUACACGGGGGCCAGGAAUCACCUCCUGGGGACACAGUGGAGGUAGAGGUAGCAGAGGAGGAAGAGGAGACGGAUGGGGAGAUGAAGAGGGAGAGUCCCACCACUGAGCCUGACGUCUCCAUCGCCACCUCCAGACCCACCCUCCCAGAGGUGGGUCUCUUCCCCAGCUUUGGGCCCCUCCAGCCGGACAACAUUCAUACAGAAGACCGGGAGGAGGUGGUGGAGGAAGAGGAUGAAGAGGAAGAGGAGACAGUGGUCCUUGGAGGACCUGGGAGUGACAGGGGGAGAGGAGGGUCCAUCUCUCCCCUGACCACGGUCCCCUCUGCUUCUUUGGCCCCCACAGUCGGCUUCACAGAGGACUCCUGGGAUCGUCUGGAGGAUGGGAGGGAGGGCCAGGAGGAGGAGGAGAGGAGGCAGGAGGAGCAGGAGGUUAAAAAUGGAGGAACAGAGCUGUUAACAGAGACAGAGAUCCUCCAUGGUGCACACUUCUCAGAGGAGAUACAGCAGGUACAGGUGAUCUGUGUGGACUGGAGCGAUCUGGCUGGGAAGGGCUACAUCAUCCUCAACAUGUCAGACAGCGUUGACUGUGAUGAGUUCCGUGUGGAGAGUGGGGACCGGCUCCUGGAGCUACUAGAAACAGCCUUCUCUAGGAAGAUGGACAGUCCUCAGGGCUCCUGGCUCAUCUCUCUCUCUAAACCCACCAUGCAGGACCACCAGCUGCUCAUCACACUGGCCAGCGAACACGGAGUUAUUGCCACCAAGGAUGUGCUGUCGAUGUUAGGUGAGAUAAGGAAAGGUUUACACGAGAUUGGCAUCCAGAGCUACAGCAGUGCUAGCACCUGUCACUCCAGACCCAGUCAGACGCGUAGUGACUACGGGAAGCUGUUUGUGGUCCUGGUGAUCAUAGGUUCUGUCUGUGUGGUCAUCAUCGCCUCUGGUCUAAUCUAUAUCUGCUGGCAGAGACGCCUGCCUAAGCUGAAGACUAGGACUCGAGGUGAGGAGCUUCAUUUUGUGGAGAACGGCUGCCAUGACAACCCCACCCUGGACGUGACGAGUGACGGGGGACAGCCGGAGAUGCAGGAGAAGAAACAUCACCAUUACCAACACGCUAACGGACUGACAGCUGGGACCGGGUCUGGGGGGGUGGCCGGGGGGGAGGGAGGGAGUAGUGGCUGGCAGGUCCUGGUCAACAAACCUGGAGGGAAGGAAGAGGAUAAUAUGGAAGAGGAUACACACCUUUAGUAGAGAAAAGAAGAAGAGUGGAAGAGGAUACACACCUUUAGUAGAGAGAAGAAGAGUGGAAGAGGACACACACCUUUAGUAGAGAGAAGAAGAAGAGUAAAAGAGGAUACUAUGGAAGAGGAUACACACCUUUAGUAGAGAGAAGAAGAAGAGUGAAGGAGGAUGGAAAAAGGGUAGCCUGGAUCCAGAUCUAUUUGUGCUGUCUUGCCGACUUCUAUGGUCAUUGUCACAUUUGGCUUGGUAAAGAGGGCACAAACAGACCUGGGAGUCGGACUAGGCUAGAAAGAGAACUCAUGAUGAAGAAGCAAAAAAUCAUCAUUGUUGUGAAACUUGUGAAUGCAUCGGCUGUCAAAUUAGAAACACACGUGAAGUAAACUAAUCAGAAGAAACAACUUCUUUAAGCUACUUAGAUGUUUUAUCUAUUGACUAUGAUUAUAUGAUAUGGACUUGAUCAUCUACUCUGCUUUCCUUUUUUUGUCAACUAAGCAUGAUUGACAUCUAUUACUAACCACUGUACAGCUACAGGGACUUUUCAGAAUGUUGAAACAUUGAAUGUUAGAAUAUCCAAUCAGAGUGAAUAGAGGAUAUCCCACCGUUAUGAGUAUGAAUGUUCGUAGUGGAACUGCUGAAGUUAGGAUAUUGUAUUUAACAUGUUGAAUGCAGACGCGAUAUGCUAGCUAUUCUGUAUUAUGUCGAGUUGGAAUGACUCCUCUGUAUCUGGUCAGUUCACACUGAUCUUAUUUCAAAAUCACACAAUAAUUUGGAAGCAUCCAUUACUCUCAGCCUCCUUACAAUCAAGAAUACGUCAACGAAAUAACUAGUUUGGUUGCCGGAUCUGAUUGCUUUAACUGAUCUCUGGCUGCUGUGGCAUGGUAACAAACAAGGGGUUGGCUAAAGCACGAGCACAUCUUGCAACCAGACUGCAAAACAACAGAGGGAGGCUGGUAAUAUUUAAAACGCUUUCAGUUAUAUCACACUGAAUUAAUUGAUUAUAAGCACAGCUAAUAUUGUUUUGUGGCUAUUAACUGUAGAAGUGAAGGCCUGUAAAUAUGAAUGUAUUUUGAAAUCAUGCUGCUAGAAUUUCUUCUGUGGCAUUAAUGACAUUCUGUCAUUUAAAUGUGAACAAUAUAUCUUCUAUCCCUGGCAGUAUUGCCACUGCUUCAAAAUGGUGGGAUAUGUUUUUAGUGCACAGUCAGCUUGAGGUCAGCUUAUUUUACAGAAAGCGAACAAUAUCACCAAGCAGGCAUGCUGGCACACAUCUCCCAUAGCCUACACUGUGCUUGGCCUAUAAGUAUUUGAAACGCUUAAAUCAGUAAUACAAGCUAAAACUGUUUUGUGUUUGUGUGUGUGUGUGUGCGUGCUAGUGUGUGUGUGUGUGUGUGUGUGGGGGUGUGUGUGUGUGGGGGGUAACUUCCAAAACGAGUAAGAUCUUAUAUUGGAGGGAUCGGCUACUAAACCAAUGCUGUCCCUUCCUUGUUUGUUGUAUUUCGCAUGACUAAACAAGCAGAUAGCCACUAUGUGUUUUAAAUUCUCUAUUGGAGGGUUGACCUCGCCAGGGUCGUGUUCAUUAGGCAUCAAACGGAAGAAAACUAACUGAAUCAGGGAGGGACUACUUGACUUGUCCAAUAAGAAACACACAUUUUCAUAUUCCGUUGCAAGAUGUUUUAAAACAUUUUCCGUUGCGUUCCCUAAUGAACAUGACCGAGGAAAGUUCAGAGAAUAGGAGAACCAAUUAUUUAUAUAUACACUAAAUGACUGAUAGGGGGUGCUGUGUUGAAGCCUCCGUGCCUCCAUCUUGGUACUCCUCCUCCAUUGUAAUGAAGCCAAUGCGCAGCCAUCUUGGUACUCCUCCAAUGUAAAACAUUUUUUUGGGAAGCUAUAUAAAUCCAUUUAUUAAUGUCUACAUUAGUUUUAAAUUAUAUCAUGUGAGCUAAACAUAUAUAAGUAAAACAUACUAUUUAGAGAUUAUUAAUGUUACUGUCCCCACUACAACAACAAAAAUUACUUUAAAAUGUAAUUUUGUCCUUAAAAUAUCAUUUUGAAAUACUGUAGAAUUACAUUCAUUCCUAUGGAGGACUGCUCCUACUGGGGAGUACCAGUAUGGCGUCCCGAAGGCUAACAAAACCUCUCCAUGGCCAAUACAUAUCAUUGGUCUGAGAAAUCAGCAGUAGGUCUGUGUGGGCUGCUCCGAUGUAUUACUCGUGCAGUGUUGUCUCUAUCCACAUGAAAGCUACACUGAAAUAAGUGUGGCUCAGUGUUGUUCAAAUGUCGAUGUUAUUGUCGAAGUAAUAUCGCAUCUUUAAGUGUCAUCAAGUUGUGUGUGUUAUUUCUAUUAGAAGUGUACUGACCUUGUCCCCAGGCUCCAUUGCUACGACAGAGAGAGAGAGGGAGAUGGCUGGAGACCAGAUUAGAAGAUUUGUCAUUCAUUUUGAUUUAUAAAUUAACAUGAUUUCUAGUUUUUCCCACAACUUUGUGUGAUUUUUAAAUUUUAUUUUUUAAAUUCAUAUUAGUUUUCAUUAAUCUUUCACUGUUUUGGAUUUAUGUAUUAUGUAAUAUAUAGAAAAUAAACGUUUGGGAAAUGUUCCUUUGGUAA